AUGGAGCUCCCACCUAUGACCCUAUGGCCAUUUUUGUCAUUUCUCCUUGUCUCUUCCACUCACGUUCCAUGCUUCUUCGGAUCAGCCGCUCACAUCUCCAACGAAACCGAUCACCUUGCUUUGCUCCACUUUAAAGUUCUGAUAACCGACGGUCCUCUCCAUUCCUUGAGCUCAUGGAACCAUACUCUCCACUUCUGUCGCUGGCAAGGAGUCACAUGCGGAGGUCGCCGCCAUCCUCAAAGGGUCAUUGCCUUGAUCCUCACAGAGAACAACUUGGUGGGCCCCAUUUCUCCCUUCAUAGGCAACCUCACCUUCCUCAAGAGAAUCGAUCUCGCAAACAACAGCUUCAGAGGACCGAUUCCUGAACAGAUGGGCCAGUUGUUCUGCUUGUGGUUUCUCGCUCUGGACAAUAACACACUCACCGGAGAAAUUCCAACAAAUCUGACCCACUCUUCGAAACUCGAAUUCCUUUAUCUUUCCAGGAAUCGGUUGUCAGGGAGGAUUCCAACUGAGAUUGGCUCUCUAUCGAAACUCACUAAAUUGUAUCUUGGUAAGAACAAUCUUACAGGAAGCAUCCCACUUUCACUUGGAAACCUUUCGUCUCUCUCUUUACUUUAUCUCACAAGAAACAGUCUGGAUGGCAGCAUACCAGAUGACCUUGGUCGGUUGGCAAGCUUAGAGGUGUUUGCCAUUAGUGAAAAUGAACUGUCAGGUAGGAUUCCACCCCAGCUAUACAAUCUCUCCUCUAUUAAGGUUUUGGACGUGGGAUUGAACAGAUUGCACGGAAACCUUCCUCCUAACUUAGGCUUCACUCUUCCUAAUCUCCAAUGGCUUUCCACCACAGCAAACCAAUUCACUGGACCCAUACCAAUUUCAUUAUCCAAUGCUUCAGGACUCGUAAUUAUUGACCUUACUGACAAUAGCUUUAGCGGAUCUGUACCUACAAAUUUGGGAAGCCUCAAGGGUCUGUCCGAUUUACGUUUGUCGGGUAAUAAACUUGGAAUUGGAAAAUCUCAUGACUUGAUUUUUCUCGAUUCUUUGACCAAUUGCAGUAGCUUACGAAAGCUGCAGCCGGGACUCCCUUCCACCGGCCUUCCUCCUAUAAAAGGAGAAAACAGAGGUGAGGAGAAGGGGAGCAGCCGUGGAGGCCAAGAGAAACGUGAAGGAGACGUGGAAACAGGGAGGGCUGUUGCUGCUGUGCACGGCUGGGAGAGAAAAGCAGAAGGCUGUAUGUGGAGUGCACCGCUGGUUUCUCUGCUGCUGGAGACAGGGAGCAAGAGGAUCGGUUUUUGA